AUGCCCUGCCCGAAACCAACGAGGCUGCAGUCGACCAAUAGGGAGUUCAUCAACCACAUGACUCUGGUAUGCGCGUGUACGGAGGACCAAGCUCAGAACUACCCGAGACCGAUGGCGAAGAAGAUGGCCUACAUGACAGCCUUCCAAGGCAUGGCCGACGACAUCAAUGAUAUCUAUACGGCCGAGGGGGUCUACCGCGACAUCGGCGCCAUCGAGUACACCGACGUGAUGCAGGAGCUGAUGAAGCGGUUCAACGUGUCAACGAUCAGAGCAGUCAAGCGCGCACGCGUCAGUCUGGGCCACCCUUUGAACGCAUCGCUGGCGAUCGCCAUGCAGCAUGCGGGUACCCCGGCGGAGUUGAUCCCGUCUGCCAGGCUCCAGUAUAGCGAGAUCUGCCCACGCAGGCAGAGGCCUCGAGCAAUUCGCGUCGCAGUGCUGCCGAAGGCUAAGAGGUUCAACGAGGUGGUCUGCACCAACGUGUGCUACAUCACGUCGAAGAUGAAGGAGCGGAAGAUCCUGGUCGACUGCCAGAUCUUGAAGGAGACGUUCCUGAAGGAGGCGAGGCUUUGGCAGAAGCUCUGGAUCAGCUGGGCCAGCAAGCCCGAGACGAUGCGGAUGGACACGGGAGGCUCGCACACGUCCAAGCGCAUGCACGACUGGAUGAGCAAGCAUGGCAUCAAGCUCGAUUUGAUCCCGAAAGGCGCGCACCACAAGUUGCGCCUGAUGGAGCGGAACCACGCGGUCCGGAGGGAACAGCUCAGCAAGUACAACCUCCAAUUUUCCGAUGACUCGCUCAAGACCGCGCUCAGGAUCUCAGACGCCCUCUGCGACGAGGACUUCGGCCUGUCGGAGCGGGCCGCGCUGAUGGUCAGGCGGACGGCCGCCGGCACGGCCUUCAUCGAGGCCAACUGCUCGCGCGCCGUGCAAGCGGCGUUGCUGGCGCGCAGCAGGCCGACGAGGAGGAACUACGAGAUCGGUGAGUGGGUCUACUUCUGCCGACCCGAACAGACGCAGGGCCUGGAGAAGUGCCACGGGCACGGCCCGACGCUGGUGGUGGCAGUGGAUGCGAAGGUCAAUGAGGACAACGCGAUGCACACCUCGGUAGUGUGGGUGACGCGCGGAUGCACGAUCAGCCGCUGUACCAUUGAGCAGCUUCGCCCCGAGCUGCCAGGCGAGGCCCGCGAGCGUGAAGGGCGCGGCGAGGACCCCGACAGCCCGCUCAGCACAAUCGAGAAGCUCAGGCGCGUGCUCAAGCAGACGAAGGGAAGCUGCAACUGCUGGGACCUUGCCGAGGACAGGCGCCAGCCCCUCUACGAUGACACCCCGGACGACAUGGGCGAGCAGCAGCAGCCCAGCGCCCAGGCACCCAUGGAGACGGACGAGACCAGCGAACCGACAGCAGGAGCGACUGCCGCGGCAGCUCCUGAAGAUCCUCAGCCGGCGGCGACUGGCGAGGAUGCGGCCGCCGAGACAGCAGUGGCCAGCGCCAGCGCGUCUGGCAGCGCGGCGCAGGAGCCAAGCAGGACCCACAUUGAUGUGAUGGCGAAGAGGAGUGUCGAGGAGGCUGAGAGGCUGGACGGCAUCCCGCUGGCCAAGCACGCAUGCCUGUCGCGGGCGAAGCUCGCACCGCAGAGCGAGGAGGCUGAGCUCGCCGAGGAGGAGAAGGACCCGUUCUACGCGGCGAAGCUAGAGGCCCUCGAGAUUUUCAGCCGCAACGACGGCUGGGAGCCCAUCGACGAGGAGGAGGUGGACCCAACAGCCUGCUGCCCUCUACGCUUCCAGCUCAAGUGGAAGAUGAAGGACCGCGGCGUCGCCGAGGGCCAGCUCGAGAAGGAGGCGCCGACCCUCAGCAAGCUUGGCCGACGCACGGUCAUGCUCUGGGCGUCUCUGAAGAAGCGGAGGCUGUUCACCGCGGAUGUGAAGUCCGCUUUCCUGCAGGCUGAGGACGCCAGCGUACAUGGCCUCAAGCUGUACGCGAGCCCGACGAAGGAGAUGCGGGAGAUGCUCUCAUACCAGAUCGGCUUGCAGCAGGGACAGCUGCUCAAGAUGAUCAAGCCAUGCUUCGGUGACCCGCGGUCGCCCAAGCUCCAGCACCACCACUCCGACGAGGUCGAAGACGACACGUUCGACGCGCGCAACUUCGAGGGCCAAACCUACGUGGUGGACGGUCUGAUCGGCAAGCACAUGGACGACUUCAUCGGCGGCGGCGAGGGCGUGACGAACGAGCAGGACCUCCACGCGACGCUCGACAACACCGAGUGUUUCCAGGUGCGGCUGGGGGCGCUCAACGAGAAGUUCAAGUUCGGCAAAUUGGAGUUCGGGCCGAGUCUGAUCUUCACUGGUGGCGAAGUGGAGCAGUCCCUGUGCACCUGCGCCGUGACCCUCACAUUCGAGAAGUACCUGCACGCGGUGAAGCCCAUCACCAUCGAGAAGCACCGGAGGGCUGAUCUCACGAUUGCGUUAUCGCCGAAGGAGCUCACGAGCUUCAGGGACCUGACUGGACAGUUGCAGUGGCCGGCAACACAAGGAAUGAUCAUAGCAGCAACCACGAUGUCCUUCAGAGCUUCAGCGACAGGACGAGCUACCGUGCAGGACUUUCUGGACGCGUACAAGGACCUGCGCUUUCGGAAGGCCAGCGCGGACGUAGGGCUGUACUUCGGGUUCGACAAGGCCUGGAGCGACCAGCGAGUUAGCAGCUACACCGACGCGAGCUGGGCGAGUCGACAUGACGGAGACUCGCAAGGAGGCCAUGCGAUCUUCGUCGGACCUGCGGACAAGCUCAACGCCGGCACCCCGACGCACUUCGUGGCCGUGGAGUGGGCCUAG